GUUAUUGGGGAAAGUAAAGAGUUUCCAUAAUAUGGCGUGCCCAGCGUAUAUUUUGACUACGAGCGAUCGUUUGUUCGCUCUGUGUUUAUCCCUAUCGAUUUUCCCCAUCAACAACAAAACGACCCAAAUCUGAGGGGACGAAUAUUCCAAUAAAAACCCUAGAAAUAUCCGGCUCCUUUCUAACUAAACCCUAACAGGACGAUCGAAUCCGCAUCCAUCGUCAUCAACGGGGAUCGCUCCUGCUACGAGGAGGAGCGCCGCGAAGCACCCGAGCAACGGGGGCGCAAGGAAGGGGAUUUAGGGCUCGAUUUAGGGUUUCGAUUCCGAUCUCCUCGAGGCCGCGGCGUUCGCGGUAGCGUAUGGUGAUGGGAGCCGCGGGUUCGAAGCUCGAGAAGGCUCUCGGCGACCAGUUCCCGGAGGGCGAGCGAUACUUCGGCCUCGAGAACUUCGGGAACACUUGUUACUGCAACAGCGUAUUGCAGGCACUUUAUUUUUGUGUUCCUUUCCGAGAGCAAUUACUGGAGUACUACGAAGGCCGUAAGAAUGUUGGAGAUGUAGAAGAGAAUAUUUUAACAUGCUUGGCUGACCUGUUCACCCAGAUUAGCUCCCAAAAGAAGAAAACUGGCGUUAUUGCUCCGAAGCGUUUUGUUCAAAGAGUGAGGAAAGAAAAUGAGCUUUUCAACAGCCAUAUGCAUCAGGAUGCUCACGAAUUCUUGAAUUUCUUGCUGAAUGAGCUUGUUGACAUUCUUGAGAAAGAGUCUAAUGUGGCAAAAACAUCCCCUGAAACGCCAUCUUUGUCGCAAAAAGUUGUGAAUGGUACAAACCAUAUUCAAGACAAUGGAAUCAAGAAAGAGCCCUUUGUUACAUGGGUGCACAAAAGUUUUCAGGGCAUAUUAACUAAUGAAACAAGGUGUCUACGGUGUGAAACUGUCACCGCAAGGGAUGAAACUUUUCUCGACCUGAGCCUUGACAUUGAGCAAAAUAGCUCAAUCACCAGCUGCUUGAAAAACUUUAGUUCAACAGAGACAUUAAAUGCCGAGGAUAAGUUCUUCUGUGAUAAAUGCUGCAGUUUGCAGGAAGCUCAAAAGAGGAUGAAGAUUAAGAAGACACCAAACGUCCUUGUAAUUCAUCUCAAACGUUUCAAAUACAUGGAGCAGCUCGGCCGGAACAAGAAGCUACUCUACCGCGUGGUGUUUCCCUUGGAGCUUAAGCUUAGCAACACUAUCAACAAUUCAGAUGCGGAGUAUUCUCUCUUUGCCGUCGUAGUCCAUGUGGGAGGCGGGUCCAACCAUGGCCACUAUGUCAGCCUUAUCAAAAGCCACAACCGCUGGCUGUACUUCGACGACGAUAAUGUUGACAUGAUUGAUGAAUCAGCCGUGCAGACAUACUUUGGGUCCACACAAGAAUUUUCCAACAAUACAGAUUAUGGUUACAUUCUCUUCUAUGAGGGCCUUGGUUGAAAAGAGUUAGAAGCCCAGUUUUCACUCACCCUUUUCUCUUUCGAUAUGAGGUAGAAUUUUACCAUAUGGUUGUCUUAGUGUAUAGUAGGUAGUGAAACCACAAUAAGCAGGACGAAGAAAGGGUCUUAAGGGUUCUACAAGUGCUAGGAAUAUUUCCCCCCACAGAUAGAGAAAUGCUGAGUGCUUCCGGAGUUAUGCGGGACAUUCCUGCUACUAUAUAUGGGUGCAUGAGUUGCUUUAGACUUUCUCCCUCGCUUUGGUCCUCCAAUAAUGUCCUCGAAGGAGAAAGAUGUGAAAAAAGUGCUUUAUCUUGCAUUUGGGUAUAAAAUUACAAUUUUGUUCUCAA